CAUUUUUCCGAAUAGAAAAGGGGAUUUUUUUUUUCUAUAAGGAACUAAAUAUCCUCUUUGCUGAUUCGAUGAAUGAUUAACUUCUAGAUCAAUUUGCUCACAAAUUUCAUCACGGGGAGUUAAGACAAGGACAUUCAGAACUUGAUUCGCCCAGUUUAUGUAGACAUGGUUUAUCUAGGCAUUUUCUUAUUUUUGAUGCUUUACGGAAGAAGUUUGGCUCAGGACCAAACAUAUGUCAUUUCAGCCCCUAAGUUUAUCCGUGUUGGAGCCUCUGAGCAAGUAGUUAUUCAAGCCUAUGGAUACACUCAAGAAUUCUCGGCCACGAUCUCUAUUAAAAGCUACCCAGAUAAAAUAAUUACCUACGCCUUUGGUACCAUCCAGCUGACUCCAGCCAACCGUUUCCAAGGCUCUGUCUCCUUAACAGUUCAGCCGAAGGAUUUAAGGACCAAUGAUCCCCAGACACGGGUGGAGUCUGUAUAUCUCGAAGCAACUUCGGCCCAUUUUACAAGACAGAAGAAAAUGCUGCUUACGUACGAUAAUGGCUUUUUAUUCAUCCAGACUGACAAACCUAUUUACACUCCGGAUCAAUCAGUGAAAGUCCGAGUCUACUCGCUGAAUGAAGAACUGAGGCCAGCUCGGCGUGCAGCUGUCUUAACUUUUGUGGACCCAGAUGGGGUAGACGUGGACAUCAUACGUGAAGAAGACGCUACCGGGAUCGUCUCGUUUCCUGAAUUCAAAAUUCCUCCAUAUCCUAAGUUUGGUAUUUGGACCAUUAAAGCCAAGUACGAUAAAGAAUUCACAACCUCUGCCGUAGCAAAGUUUCAAGUGAAAGAAUAUGCCAUGCCAAGAUUUUCGGUUGAAAUUAUUCCAGAAAACAGCUUUAUUAGCUCCAACCAUUUCGAACGCUUCAAGAUUACUAUCCUUGCUCGGUAUUUUUACAAGAAGAAGCUGACCGAAGCCGAAAUUUACGUCCGCUUUGGAAUCGUUCAAGGAAGCCAAAAGAACAUGUUACCCAAAUCGUUGCGUCAAAUUCACAUGGAGGAAGGCGUCGGGGUGCUUUAUUUUAAUAGCCGAAUAGCUAUCAGUGAAUUAGGAUACAGCGAGCUCUCAGAUAUUGAUGGGGCCACCCUCUAUAUCGCGGCUUCGGUGCUGGAAACCAGAGAUGGGCACAGCGAAGAUGCUGAACUGACCACCAUUAAAUACACCUUGUCCCCUUACAAGUUGGAUUUGAUUGCCACGCCUCUUUUUGUGAAACCCGGACUUCCUUAUUUCAUUAAGGCGCAGGUGAGGGAUAUGUUGGAUGUGUCGGUUGGCAACGUUCCUGUGGUUCUCAAAGCUACUGCAUUGAAUGACCAACGGAUAGAGACCAGAUUAAUUGAAGAAGGCUCGGACUUUGGGUCUGGCAUAACAAGCUCAAGAGAUGGAACAGUUAUCUUUACAGUUAACAUUCCUUCCGACACCAAAGAAUUGGAGUUCAAAAUAACAACCGCAGAUAAAUCUUUACCAGAAGAGAAUCAAGCCAGUGAAACCUUUGAGGCCAAAUCUUACGUUUCUCUCAGUGGAAGCUAUUUGUAUAUCAGCUGGACUUCAGACCACAGGGCGCUCCAGGUUGGAGAGAGCAUGCAGCUCAAAGUACACCCGGCAAGCCACUACAUUGAAAAAAUACUACACUACAGCUACCUGAUCUUAUCCAAAGGGAAAAUAAUCAAAUACGGCACUCAGGAUAAGAUCCAAGGUUUGUCUUAUCAAGGGUUGACCAUCCAUAUAACCAAAGAAAUGGUCCCUUCAGCCCGUCUUCUGGUCUACUACAUAGUCACGGGAGAAGGAACAGCAGAGCUGGUAGCCGAUUCGGUCUGGUUAAACGUCCAGCAGAAAUGUGGCAACAACCUGGAGGUCCGCAUCCUGAAAAAUGGAAGAGUUUACCAACCUGGAGAAGCUGUGUCACUUUCCAUGACCUCCGAGUUUGACUCCCUGGUGGCUCUUUCAGCCAUGGACAAAGCGAUUUAUGGAGUGACGGGAAGCAAGCAGAAAUCUAUGGAAAAAGCCCUCCUUAAACUGGAGAAGAGCGACCUGGGCUGUGGGGCCGGAGGAGGAGAGAACAACGUGGACGUCUUCCGGAUGGCCGGCCUCACCUUUCUCACCAACGCCAAUGCUGAUGACCCCAGAGAGACAGGACUUCCUGGGGACAGGGCUCUCCUUAAACUGGAGAAGAGCGACCUGGGCUGUGGGGCCGGAGGAGGAGAGAACAACGUGGACGUCUUCCGGAUGGCCGGCCUCACCUUUCUCACCAACGCCAAUGCUGAUGACCCCAGAGAGACAGAUGAAACUUGCACGGCAGUCAUCAGAACCGCCCGCUCCCUCAAGCAGGACAUCGAAAAACUAGUGGCCCAGUUUCAAAACCAGCAAAUUCAGAAGUGCUGUCGGAUCGGAGCGGAGCCUUACCCCUUCCCGCAGACGUGUCAACAGAGAAUCAAACGCAUUAAGGGUGGGGCAAGGUGCAUUUAUGCCUUCCGGCUUUGCUGCGAAUUUGCUUUUAAGAGACGCCUUAAUGAUACACACAAGCAUCUACUUCUGGGGAGAAAUGCCUUUAAUGCUCUAUUGGACGUGGCCCCGCAAAUCCGUAGUUUUUUCCCUGAAAGUUGGCUCUGGGAAGUCCAUCCAGUUCAAAGGUCCAAAAAUCUGCCGGUCACCUUGCCUGAUUCUCUAACUACCUGGGAAAUACAAGGCGUGAGCAUUUCGGAUAAAGGUAUCUGUGUCGCUGACACUCUCGAAGUGGAAGUCAUAAAAGAUGUUUUCGUUAAUGUCCAUAUUCCAUACUCCGUUGUCCGAGGAGAGCAAAUAGAAUUAAAAGCAACCGUUUACAAUUACAGAACAUCAAAGUCUAGGUUUUGCCUGAAGAUCAACGUGCAAAAAGGAAUCUGCCUCUUUGGUGCCGCUAACACCCUGAAGGACGGUUCGCAGACCAGCAGCUGCUCUCAUCUGAAAGACAUCCAGAGCUCUUCUAUUAUGGUGGAGACAUUUAAAAUUCUUCCUCUUGAAUUAGGCCUCCUCAGCGUCAACCUUACCCUUUAUGGCGACUCGCCCAAGGAAAUCCUCGUCAAGACCUUAAGAGUGGUGCCCGAAGGUAUUCGAAGGGAGAUUUAUGAUGGCGCCACGCUGGAUCCCCAAGGUGUUUAUGGUAUGCCAGUUCAGAUUACCGCGUUUAUCCUAAAGGUUUUUGGACAAGUUCGGCGAUAUAUGCCUGAUCAAUUUGGUACGGUGUGUAGCUCUCUGACUUGGUUGAUUGACAUCUGUCAAAUGGACGAUGGAUAUUUCAGGGAAGUCGCGGAUUACAAGCCCGUAGCCCUUCAGGCUACGUUACGUGACCAGGAGAGAGAAAACCGUCUGUAUCUUACAGCCUUCACUUUGAUGGCGUUUUCAGAAUAUAAAAAAACGUGUCCCUUCCAGAAAUUUGCAGACGCUGAGAACAGGGCUGCGGGUUAUUUGCUGCAAAACGUCGCGCACUCGCAAAACACCUUCGUCUUAGCCAUUGUGACUUAUGCUCUCACUCAAGCAAAGGUCAACCACCCUGACCUUCACGCGGCCUACCUUCACUUGAAGAAUGAAGCUCAAGUGAAAGGAAGCCCCCCAGCCUACCGUUUCUGGAAAGAGACCCCCGUCAAAUUCGAUGCCAGCGUUCCCUCUGAGGGCAACGCCAGGAUGGUUGAAACCACUGCCUACACCUUGCUGUCCAUUUUGCUGAAAGGAGAUCACAACUACGUCAAGCCGGUCAUGAAGUGGUUGACCGAAGAGCAGAGAUUUGGGGGUGGAUUUUACUCGACCCAGGAUACAAUUAUCGCUUUGGAGUGCCUGACCGAAUAUUCCAUCCUCGUUAAGCGGCUUGCACUGGACAUGAACGUCAAAGCGUCUUACAAGUUUCAGGGAGAUUUUCACAAAUACAGGCUCACGAGUAGCAAUUACAUCGGCAGGCCUGUGGAUGCUUCCUUGAAGGAGGAUAUAGAAGUACGCACGGGGAGCAAUACUGGGACAGCAGCUGUGACUCUGAGGAGCGUGUAUUAUGUGAGCAGCGUUUCUGAAGACACUUGUGAUUUCCAGUUGAAGGUUGAUGUCACUCUAGACGAAAAGAAGUACUAUCUUUCCUUCAAUGAAGUCCGGCUGUUGAUCGCCUGUGCUAAGUACAAACCUCGAAGGAGGACAGGAGAAUCUUCCUCUCCUCAUGCAGUCAUUGACAUCUCUCUUCCCAACGGUCUGGAAGCAAAUGAGGACGACUUAGCUGUUCUUUCAAAUAGUGUUGACCAGCUGAUUUCAAAAUACGAGAUAACGCCCGAUGGACAUGUUGUCAUGCAGGUAGACUCGAUUCCAGGAAAUGAGUUCCUGUGCAUUGGUUUCCGAAUAACUGAAAUUUACCGGGUUGGAAUGCCAAGUCCAGGAACCUUCUCGGUGUAUGAUUAUCACAACCCUAAUAAAAAGUGCACUAUCUUUUAUAAUGCUUACGGAGAACAAUCUCUUGUCACGUUAUGUGAAGGCAAUGAAUGCAAAUGUAUGGAAGCGGAAUGUGGACAUAUGCAACCCCAGCUGGACACGUCCAUCACUUUGGAUACCCGAAGAGAGGCAGCUUGUCGGGAGAACAUUGCAUACGUUUACAAAGUGGCUAUCAAAUCAUCCAAGGAAGAAGGAAGCUUUGUUAGAUACCACGCAGUCCUUCUGGAACCCUAUAAGCUAGGGGUGACUUUUGCUGAGAAGAACGCAGAAAUAAUCUUUAUUAAAAAGAGCUCCUGUACGGAUAUCCAGCUGAAUCCAAAGGAGAAUUACUUGAUCAUGGGAAAAGAGGCUUUGAAGACAGGAGAGGGGACCAAUGCCAAAUACCAGUAUCCCUUGGACGACUCGACGUGGAUUGAGUGGUGGCCGUCCCCAAAUGCCGCCUGUGAUUCUUGCCAAGCCUUUAGAGAAUCAUUGGACGAAUUUGUUGACGAUCUCUUUCUCAGCGGUUGUUAAAAUUCUUGAAAAGACCUGCAAAAGGUUUCGGGCUUCGUGUAACUUAGCAUUUUAGACAAUUUCGUAUGGACUUAUCAUAAGCAAGCAGGACUAUAUGAUCAUGCUUUAGAUCAGGGGUCUCCAUACUUGGAGACUUUAAGACUUGAGGACUUCAACUCCCAGAAUUCCUCAGCCACUAUGGAUGACUUUGGGCCAAUCACCAGGUGACUGAGAGUUCUAGUCCCGCCUUAGGCAUGAAAGCUGGAUGACUUUGGACCAAUCACCAGGAGACUGAGAGUUCUAGUCUCAUUUUAGGCAGGAAAGCUGGCUGGAUGACUUUGGGCCAAUCACCAGGAGAGGGUGAGUUCUAGUUCCACCUUAAGUAUGAAAGCCGGCUAGGUGACUUUAGGCCAAUCACCAGGUGACAGAGAGUUCUAGUCCCACCUUAGGCGCAAAAGCCAGCUGGCCACUUCCUCUCUUUCAGCCCAACUUGCUUCACUAGCUAGUUUGCUAAGCCUUCCUCCAACCUUAUAGCAUCAUCAGAAAGCUACCCACCUCUUGUGCAGCUGACUGUUUAAACCUCCACAACAGCCAAUUCAAAAGUUUCUAGUCCUCAUGACUCCUUGACAUUGCAGGCUACGCUUACCGGAAUUUCAAAACUGAGCAGGAAAGGAGAAGAUUCCCAACAGCCAAUGAAAAACGUUUCCCCUUUUUCCUGAUUUAAAACAAAUGAUCAUCAUAAUAAAUCACUCAGCCUUCAUAGUU